AUGCGGGAGUUUGGUCCUUUUUCUUUCCAGACUGACAAGAGAGCGCUUCAGUAUGCAGGCAUACUCGACUUGGAUGAUGGCAGUCAACUGCCUGCUGUGUGCAUAGAAGCACUCGGCUUUCUGUUUGGUAAAGACCGUAUCAUCUUUGCCACCAAAGAGGAUCAUGCAACACCCAGCAAUGCUGAGCUUGUAGAGGAAGAUCCCAAUGAUCCUUAUGAGGAGCGAGGUCUGAUUCUUCCCAAUGGGGAGAUCAACUGGAACUGUCCCUGCCUCGGGGGGAUGGCCAGUGGUCCCUGUGGGAGUGAAUUUAAAGAUGCCUUCUCCUGUUUCCACUAUAGUAAGGAGGAGGUAAAGGGCUCUGAGUGCCUAGAGCAGUUCAGGGCCAUGCAGGAGUGCAUACAGCGCUACCCAGAGCUCUACCCACAAGAAGAUGACAAGGUGUCUGAAGAAAAAUCAUCUGAAACAGAGCAAGCCUCACAAAACUCUGCCCCUGCAGAAACAUCAGAGGAAAACUCAACAUCUGCCCCUGUGCAAGACUCUGAUCCCAUACAACCCAACACAGAGAGCUCAGUGGAAGGCUCAUGAUGAGCAUCUCUCAAUCUGAGCCUCAAGGCUAUAAAACAUUAUAUUUAUGAACAAGAAAAAUUAAAAAUUAAAAAAAUUCAGUCCUGCGCUUUGGCUCAGGCAAAACAAGAUUUACAAAUUAAUUCACUCAACAACUGAAAGGACCAAGUGGAGCAUACAUACUGAGGUGUAAAGUGGAUAUUUUUUAUUUCAUUAGUUUCAUGAUAAACCACUAGACUAUGCUCUAAUUUAUCAUAAAACGCUCUGAAACUGUAAGACUACGGUUAAAUUCAUGUUUUAUACUUGAACAUUUUUCAUUUCCGUUCUCUCUUUUAUUUUCAUACUGAAGUGAAGUGUAUUUCAUUUUACAUAUACAUUAUGAGCUAUACAACGUUUGUUAGUAAUUUGCUGAUGUGCGAGGGAUGACGUGUAACUAAAGAUAAAUGCAACUUUCUUGUGUUGAAUAUUCAUCAGUGUGUUUCCACAGUUGUCCUCUGUC